CUUCUCUCAUAUCCAUCUCCUUGGGAACAAGGUGCAGCUCCAACCACAAGACAUGUCCUGCUACAACCCAUGCCUGCCCUGCCAGUCCUCUGGCCCAACCCCACUGGCCAACAGCUGCAAUGAGCCCUGUGUCAGGCAGUGCCAGGACUCCCAUGUUUACAUCCAGCCCUCCCCUGUGGUGGUGACCCUGCCCGGCCCCAUCCUCAGCUCCUUCCCGCAGAACACCGCCGUGGGAUCCUCCACCUCCGCUGCCGUUGGCAGCAUCCUCAGCUCUCAGGGAGUGCCCAUCAGCUCCGGGGGCUUUGGUCUCUCUGGCUUGGGCAGCGGCAUCUGUGGCACGAGGAGGUGUUUCCCCUGCUAAAGCUGCUGCUGAUGACCCUGGGGAAGGACCCCAGGGACACACAGGAUGAUUCUGAACUGGGGAAAGAGCAUCAGGUUGUUUGCUUCAGAUGGGCUGAGCAACCCCAGCACCCCUUGCAAGAGAACAGGGUCAGCCUGGGCUCUCAGGAAGCAUGGCCCAUGCUGCCUUUUCCCUCUUCCAGUGUCUCCUGUUCCUCUUGUUUCCUUGUUCUCCUGUGCUCCCCUGGGCUGAGAGCCCCACAAAACUAGCCUAGGGAGGACCUGCUGGUCCUGUUCCCUCUGUGGCUCCAGCAAAUAGACCCCUAGUGGGAUGUGCACCACAGCCAUGAGGCACAGACUCUCAUCUUCCCCUGGUUCUCUCUCCACUCAAAGCAACCUUGUUUUCAUCUUUUGAAUCAUUAAAGUGCUGCUGCAUCUGA